GCACGAUCGUAACGACGACGAUCCGCGCCCGAGCGGUACCGAUCUCGCCGGCGCGAGAACGCGACGCGUCUUAUCACGCCGGGCACCGUUUCCCCCCGGGAUUAAAUCGCGCGCGCGCGCGCGGGCGAGUGAACGAUCGCCCGCAACUUACAGGUACCAGCUGCAAGUGCGGCUGAAACUAAAUCCGAGAGUACGUCAGUGUCUCCGGUGUCGCCGAUUGCACCCCCGUGUGCGCGGAGGAUUAUCCCGAGAGAUAAAGAUUUAUUCACGCCGGGGCAGCACACGUGCUACUCGAAUAGAAUUUACGCGGUUCUGUGCGCGAUGCGAGACUUAAAUCUCCUCCCGCAUCCAGAGCCUCGCGAGUGUUGCGGUACCGUCCGAUAGACCGCGAGUACUUUCCCCUCGAGCGUUAUUGCGCAAGUAUCGACACUACGAGUUGUCGUCGCGAGUGCCGUUGUGGAGCUUCGCGUGCUAAAUAAAAUUAAUUUUCCCUCGCCAAGGCCGAAGGGUUAAUUGCUUGGCCAAUCAUCCCCUUCAAGAGCCCCUCCUCUUCUAAUCUCAUUCUCGAUUGAUCUGGUUCGCGAGUGGCUUUGUCAAUAUCUAUCGAGUAUAUUACGAAGGUAUUCCAAUUCUCGUGGCGGUAAAAGUUGAAGAUGUCGGCAGUGAGACGGGAUACGAUAAUUAUUAAAGUUGCUGAAGAAGCGUGAAAGUGACGCGCGACAGUGCCACCUGAUCGCCGUCUCUAAAUUAAACCGCGCGGCGCGCAAAAGGAGGACCACCUACCAAGAAUAACGUCAGAAGCGAAGCGAGGGGGGUGUCGGUGGUAAAAAGCGGCGCGCAAAAGGCACGCGCCCGAGAGGGAUCAAAGUUGAAAUUCCACGAGAGGGCGGCGAAGAAGGAGGAAGAAGCGCGUACGGACGUCAAAGCGGACGAAGAGGACGGCGGCCAGGUCGAAUGCCGUGACGCGAGAGUUUCAACGGGAAGAAACGAGCGUGGCGGAAAGAAGGGGGCACAAAGGAAGCGGAGGAAAAACGCCGACUGGUUUUGUUAAUCAAAAGAUUUCGAGACACGCGUCCGGCUUUAAUAACGAGCGAGGGGAGGAGGAAGGGUGGGCGCGUGAAAGGACUCGUCGGAGGACCGGGAGAUCGUGAAUUGUGUCGCUGGCGCCUGUGCUUUUUGUACUCCCGACUGAAUGGGACUGACAAAGAGUAAGGGCCCACCCUUGAAUAAAUGAAUGAAUAUUAUUCAACUGCCGUCGAAUGCAAAUAUGUUUGCGGAAGAUUGGAAAUUUUAAGCAGGGAGAGCAACCCAAAAGUUUUUCGUGCGAAUCGAAUGCCCGCAGCUUCGAGAGGGCGCAGAGAAUACACGGGGACUUCUUACAAUUCUGGUGGCUACAUUCAAGUGCGACAAAAAUUGUAAUUCAGGGAUCAUAGACCGUGUGGUGACUACAAACCAAAUAGAAGCUAUUAUUACUUAUUGUUACAUUAAAUAUUGGUUAUUAAUAUAACGCAAAGGACCAGCGCAACGUUGCACGAGUGCGUUUAGGACGAUCAAAUCGCGAGGACGUCGAGAAUGCCUGGAUUUUCCGAGUCCUUCGAGUGGUCGCGAUCGAUCGUGGAAGCGGCGCGGUCGAAAUUGUUCUCGGAUCCACGCCUGCCGCGCGAGAAGGACUGCCGCUGAAUCAAUUCCGCGCUCGUUUCCGGCAACUCGGUUCGAUCGAUCGAGAUCGAAUGUUGCUCCCCGCGACCGGAGAGCGGAUCCGACGUGUUGAGUGCAGCCAUCGCGACACCUGAGCCUCGAUACAAGACGAACAUGCGCUGCGCGUCGGGAUACGUGUUUCUGACGAGCUUGCUGAUGGUGCUAAGGACUCGCCGAAUGGGCGCGGCUGCGGAGGAGACGUUAGAAUUUCAGAACAAAGUGCCCGUGAGAUUAGUCUGGGCAACCGAAGGCGACAAUGUGGAGCUGCCAUGCGACAUCACACCGCCGACGCCCGAGGAUUCGGUUAACAUGGUUCUCUGGUUCAAGGACAACGUCGGGAUACCGCUCUACAGUCUGGACGCGAGGAACGGCUUGGUCGGUGCCGUCCACUGGGCGGUCAGCGACGAUCUGGGGACGCGGACGUACUUCCAGACUGGCGACGGCCACCGGGCGAAAUUAAAGGUCACGAAGGUGACGCUGAAAGACCAGGGGGUCUUCAGGUGCAGAGUGGACUUCGUGGACUCGCCGACGCGAAACUUUCACGUGAACUUGACUUUAGUUGAGCAGCCAAGUAAACCUGUGAUAUACGAUGCUCAAGGACGAGAGGUUACGGGGGUGGGCGGUCCCUUUCUCGAGGGUUACAAUCUUGCUCUGAUAUGCCAGGUGUCUGGAGGUAAACCUAAGCCCUCAGUGACGUGGUGGCAGGACGGCGAACUGUUGGACGGCGUGGUCGAUACUUCGUCUAUCGGAUCGUCGAGCAGAUUUACGGAGAACCACUUGUUUAUCGACAAAGUCACCAAGUCACUGUGGGGAGCUAAGCUCGAAUGCAGGACUCAAUCCGGGCCGAUGGAGAAACCUAUCGUCCGCGAGGUGCCCCUCGACAUAUAUCUUAAACCAGCAAUCGUGAAGAUCGUUCUGAGCGAGGAACAGAUCUUCGCGGGUCGUCCGAUCGCCGCCAAAUGCGAGACGUGGGGUAGCUCCCCAGCGGCUAGAAUCAUUUGGAGACUCGGUGAACAUGUAAUGGGCGAUCCGAACGUGUCCACCACGCAGAGGACUAAUUCAACGGUGAGCAAGCUGGCCUUGGUCCUCAACAAGGAUGACGACGGCAAGGAACUGGUCUGUCGAGCCGAAAAUCCGAGAUUUCCCGGAGGAGUGCUCGAGGAAGUCAAAACGCUUCGCAUCUCUUAUGCUCCGGUAGUUGUCGCGCGUUUGGCUAACGGCUACGUCUUGGACACUUUGAGGGAAGGCGACGAUCUCAAGUUGGUCUGCGACGUACAGAGCAAUCCGCCACCGACGCGAGUGACUUGGUACCACGAUAAUCAGCGGUUGGAGCACGACGUAGGCGCCGGAAUUCUACUGGCUUCUAACUCGCUGACUCUCCGCGUGCUCGCACUCGCACACAUCGGCGAGUACUCCUGCGUGGCCACGAACGCCGUGGGAGAAAGCCACAGCUCGCCGCUUUUUAUUCACAUGAAAUACGCACCGAGAUGCAGAGAAGAUAACGAGAGACGAGACAUCACCGUUGCUCGACACGAGACAGUACUGCUCACGUGCGAGGUGGAAGCGUUGCCGGACGAUUAUGUGCGAUUUUCAUGGACCUACAACGGCACUGUCGGCGACGUUCUACCUAUGCCGAACUCGAGAGUCGAAAAUAAAGGACUCGUGAGCGUGCUAGAGUACACCCCGAACGCCGAGGCCGAUUACGGCACGUUGGCUUGCUGGGCGAGCAACAGUAUCGGACGGCAAAGGACACCCUGUAUAUUUAACAUCGUACCCGCUAAACCACCGCAAUCACCACUGGACUGUGCGCUGCACAACGAGACUAGCUCGCUGGAGGUUAAUUGCAUCCCGGGAUCGGACGGCGGGUCACCGCAGCACUUUUUGCUGGAAGUACGGGGAUCCCUCAAGAAUUCCGGGAUCGGUCAUAUUGGCCCUCACACCCUUCAGACACCUCAGAGCGACCAGGGGACGGUCGGGGAAGCGCCUCCCAUAUAUCAAGACAUGAAUUCAACGCCGAACUUCCAGCUUCACGAUCUUGAACCGGGAUACGACUAUACGGUAUAUGUUUACGCGGUCAACGGACGCGGCAUGAGCGAACCCGCUCUUCUGGAACACGUCAGAGUCGUCGAACCCAUCGGCGGGAAGAUGGAGAGGAGCGGGAUCUUUUUGGAAGAUCUGAAAAAGGCGCUACCGCAAGCCAGUUCCGAGAACAUGAUCAUUGCCAUUGCACUGACAGGUACAGGUGCGGCAGCGUUGGUGCUCGUCGGUAUCGGGGUGAUCAUCGGCGUGGCGAUCUGCAGGAAAAGAUCGAAUACUCCCGUUGCAGAAGGCCCCGACGAUUUCACCACACCGACCUACGUUCCGGCCCAGAGAAUCGAGCCGAAAAUCAGAUACUCCAACGAGAAUAGGCGUUCUCAAAGGACGAGUCUCUACGUCGAGGAAAACCGAAAGGAACCGGAUUUACUGCAUCGAGUGGACCUUGAUUUACAAGACUAAAUCACCUGAUUCUGUACAGUUACGAAUAAUCAAGACGCGAAGUGCAAUGUUAAGUAGAAUUCCAUAUGUAGAGUUCAAUUGGUCCUCGACACUCGCAUAAAUUUGUAUGUGCCAUCUAUCGAAUUUAUAUUACGUCGUAAAACUGGAAGCGUCGCGGUUAUCGGCUGUAACGAGUGGCCGUUAAGCCAUGCAAAUCAGCAUCAUUAUUCGACUCCCGAAGAAUUAACGAUGGGGCGACACUUUAUGGUACUUUUUAUGAUUGAGUCGGGAAAUCUGUCGGUCUUCGACGCGCGAAUCGAGGCAUUACGAAACAUUCUGUUAGUUAUUUAUGUUCGCUUUACGCGAGAAAAGUGAAGAAUCCGCAGCCGAAAUUUUUACGUUAGAUUGUAUAGAGUUAAAGUAACGUUAUAAAAUGUACAGCUAUUUUUACAGCGUAGGAAGCUAAGGCGUACAGUAAUAUUCCCGUUUACUUGUAAGUAUUAACGUAUUAACGUCGACCUAAAAACGUGAUUUUAUGUACCUUGUCGCUUAAUAGAGACUGCUUCAGAAAAAUUACGUUAAUUUGGAAAUUUAGGACGUCUGGAGUCUCUUACAAAUUUUAGUCGCGCGCAUUUUAUGAAUUACGAGUCCAUCCAAUGAAGAUGACACAAAUUUGUUACGCUUAUGUCACACGUUGCAUCAAACUGCGCGUUUUAAUUGGCUUCUAUUUCGGACUUGUACUUUUUUUUUGAAGCAGUCGAUAGUUUAUAAAUUAUCGUUAGUGAUCUGUAUAAUCUUUAAUCAGCGUAGCUCACGCUAUUCCGUACGAUGGUGUAAAUACUGUACUCGCACGUAUUGAUUAAUAUGCAGAAUUAAAAAAAGAAUUAAACUACCAUGUUGUAUUAUUAAUAAUUGAUAAGAUUAAAAGACUAUAUGAAAAUUAUGUGCAUUCUUUACCUUUAUCUCCGAAAAUAGAGGAAAACAAGAUAGCGAGAGAGCGAGAGCGAGAGAGAGAGGGGGGAGGAGAGAGAGAGAAAGAGAGUGCAUGCGUGUGGGUUUAUCGAUAUCCUAAUUAUUUCGCGAUAAGUAACAAUGCAAUAAUCUUGUGUGAAUAACACAUAUUUCUAUUAUGUAUGUAACAAACAGCAUUACGUAACAAACGUAUCGAAACUGCCGACACUGAAAUCACUCAUUGCUAUUGCAAUUUGUCAAUUAUCAACGACAAUAAACCUGCUCGGGCUGGCUAUUGAUUUAAUUAUCUUGUCUCGUCAACGCGUGUGCGGCUUUAUAAUCGGUCGUAUCGUCGAGCGUAAUAUCCUACAAGCGAAUCGGCAUUCAUCACGUUGCAAUUUGAUGUGGCACUUAAGUGAAUUACCGAAUCGACUGUGAACUUUUCAACUCCCGCGAGUUAUUACAUUUUAGGAGUACACACCACGGGAAAGAACCUGUACGCUGAUUCCGAGUGUCGAUAAAGAAACCUCUUGCGCAAUUUGCGAUAGAUACAGGAGACACUAAUGAAUUCAUUUCAAUGCGUACGAGAGAAGACGUCGCUCUGAAGGAUUGUAAACUAAAUAAAACUACGUUAACUUGUAAAA